GUAUACAUUCUCUCUCUCUCUCUCUCUCUCUCUCAACUUGACACACGCACACACACUUCUUAUACAACAUACUCUCUUUUAUCCAAUCAAUCCAGCAAACAGUAAUCUCAUUCCUUACAUGCAUUCCCCUCUCUCUUCCUCUCCUCUCCCUCACACCCUCACUCUCACUCUCUCAAUCUCAUUCUAACUUGCCCGGCCUGCAGACGACCACACGGAAGCAAGCAAGUCCGACCAUCUUCCCUUCUUCCUCCCAGUACUCAUCCCCAGCUGCUCUCCCCGUCUUCCACCCACGCCCACACCUUUACCACCCCUUCCUCUCGCCCCUCUCCACCCGUAAUCAUGUGUCAGAAGGCCGUCGUGGGCGUGGUGGGCGUGCUGCUGGUCGUGGCGGGCGCUGCAGGGGCUAUCAAUGCUAAAGGUUGUACACCUCUUGACGCCUGGACUUUUGACAAGAUCAUACCAAAGUUCCACGCAGCGCUGGUGAAGUUUGACGUGUCGUACCCAUAUGGCAAGAAGCACCAGGAGUUCACCAAGCUGUCCGCGGCAGGGCGGGGGUCACCGGAGCUGCUGGUGGCGGAGGUUGGGGUGAAGGAUUACGGUGACAUGGAGAACAUGGACUUGGCUGAGCGUUUUGGGGUGAAGAAGGAGGAGUUUCCGAAGGUGAUGUUGUUUGUGGAUGGCCGUGACAAGCCAAUCGUGUUUGAGGGCGAAUUCAAGAACGAGGAACUGAAGAAAUUUAUCCGGAAGAACUCUCAGGUUUACAUCGGCCUUGAGGGGUGUUUGGAGACGUUUGACAGGAUAGUAGACAAGUUCAUGGUGUCGGAGAACCAAGCGGAGAAGAAGUCACUGCUGAGAGACGCGGAGAAUGCCUGGGACACUUUGAAGAGCCCGUCGGAUCGGAAGAUAGCGGAGACUUACGUGAAGGUGAUGCGGAAGGUGAUGGAGAAGGGCAGGAAGUUUGUGAAGCAGGAGAAGACACGUGUGGAGGGACUGAUGACCGGCAAGAUCACUGAGGAGAAGAAGGAGGAGAUGGAAGGAAGGUUAAAUAUUCUCAAGUCUUUCAUUCAUGAGGAGUUGUGAGGGAGGUGGUGGUGGUGGUGGUGGUACGGUGUUGUGUUGCAGGACAGGCAGUGGGUGUUGUAGUUAUACCUGACUGACUUGUAUUUCUGUCUUUGGUCUUUCUUUAGUGCAAUAUUUGAUUCUCUCUUUCUCUCUCCCUCUUAUUUGUUACUCUAUCUCUCUCUUGUAUCUUUCUCACUCUUUCCUUACUUGUCUCUCUCUCUCUCUCUCUCUCUCUCUCUCUCUCUCGUGCAAUAUUUGUUACUCGCGAAGGUUGUAAGUCACUCGUAGCUAACUUAUAUCUCACUCACAUACACUCUCUCUCACUCAUUGUUGUUCGUUCACUCACUCACUCACUCUCACAUCACCAAUACAUGUUCUGUGGUUAAGGUACGGUAUUGUGAGGUGUGGCUAUGAGGCAGGGCAGGUCAGGACACUCAUACACACAGACACUGCCAAACUCACAAUAUUUGUCCAAACUAACACUGUAUUUGGAUUAACAUUCUAAUUGGUUUUGUUAUGUGUAAAGCUAGUUAGACUCUCAGCAAGUCUUUUUUUUUUUUUUUAUAUAUAUAUAUGAGAAGAAUCUGACCAAGGGCACUAAAAUGACUAUAUAAAAAUGCCAACUUAAAUGCCAGUCUCUGUGCAGUUCUGAGAGUUAGCCAAAAGAAUGGGAUAAAUGUCUUCAAACUUGAAUAUAAGGUGCUGGAUUGACCAAAUGAAAAUAAUAACAUCAAUUAGCCACACAUUUCAGAGACAAGAGGGAAGGAUGUGAAACAGCAUCAAUCAGCCUUACAAUAUUCAGAGACAGGAGGAAGUAUGAAGGCAAAACACUCUGGAACUCCCUGCCUGCUUCUGUGUUUCCAGCUCCCUAUGACCUGAACUCAUUGAAGAGGGAAGUUUUUAGACAUUUACCCCAUUCUUUUGGCUAACUCUCUUGACCCUGCUCGGGGCCAGGCAUCUCUGUGGGCCUUUUUGUUUAAUGUUUUUAUUGCCCUUGGCCACUUUCCCCCCUCUUACUUAAAAAGAAAAACCAAAAGUAAAAGUCUCGGUGGAAAUACAGUUAGCCAAUUAAAACAUUAGUCUAAAUACACUGUUAGCGUAUUUAGAAAAAGAAAAGAAAAGAAAAAAAAAAUAAGAGCAUUAUAGUGUCCCUCUGCCUCCUGUCCCUGCCUGGCCCGGUGACUGCCACACGACACACUAUCUAGACGUACUGAGGGAAGAAAGUAGCUGUUUGACAAGAUGCACAAGCCAAGUAAUGGUGACAUAGCAUAUUUAUAUACACAAAUAAUGGAAAGGAGGUUAAAUAUGCAAAUUCUAUAUAUGGUUAGUGUUGGAGGGAGUACCUUGCCUGUCUGCCGGCCUGCCUGUAUGCCCGUCUGUCUGUCUGUCACUGCUGCAUAAGACAGAGACAACUUAACGAAUCUCUAUCUUGUUCCUUUUCUUAUGUUUAAACUGCAAUCGUGUCUUGUCUCCUCAUCUUCCAGUGUAGGGACUAUUUGCCAAGUCUUCAACACAAACCUCUCCUUUUUUUUGGUCAUUUGCACAGCUAUGGCCAAAAGUUUGUUCAUACGUAUUUUUCAAUUAAUUUAACUAUUCUCAUCUGUAAGUGACAUAUUCCAAAACACUUUCACCUCUUACUGCAACCAUUUUCAAAGACCACAGAGGUGAUUAGCCAAGUUUUAAAGAGUAUUUCUCCUGUUGAUAAUGCAGAAAACUUCAAUACUGGGACAGAUUUCUACCUUGAGACUUGUGUACGAUUAGACCAUUUUAUUGACAUUAGGAAGUCAGAAGAUUAAUGGUCAAAGUCUUCACUAUUUUAAAUCCCACCUAAGUUUCUGAAGCUAUAUAGUAAGCAUAAAUAAAUAGUAAGCAGAAUGAUUAUGGAAAUGCGUCAUAGUAUUGAAGCGGUUAACAUGUCAGUAGGAUCACAGAAACAUCCUUAAAAACCUGUAUCGCUUCAACUAGAGCCCUUUGAAAAUAGUGUAGGUGCAGUGUGGAGGUUUUUCAGAAUAUGAGCCUGAGUCUUGUGCUGUGCUGCCUGGCCCCUCACAAACCCUGGGGAGUGAAGGCUUGCCACAGCACACAACAGGAGGCUAAAAAAGCACACAGCAAUAGAAGAGAAAGGCACAUUACAACACUUAUGGCUGCAACUGUACACCAGAAUCUCAUCUCCAUUGUUUAUCUUUCCUUCUGUUCACAAAGCUAUUAGUUGUGUUUCCUGGGAUGGUAUAAUUUUGGUGUGAUUUGUGUAAUAUUGAUAAACUGAUAUUUUACUUACUUUUAAAUCUUUGUUGAGUAAGAGCUUCAGUUAAAGAGCUCUAAGAUGCUAUUCUGGCUUUCCACUUCUCUUGUUUAGCAAUGUUACUUUAAAUACUGAUGCCACACCACACCACACCAAACCGCUGCAUGUCACUGUACUUGUGUGUGUGCUUGAAAGGGAAACAAUGUGGAAAAAACAAGACAACAUGGAAAUCAUAAACAGAAGCAAGGAAAUCAAAGCAGAAACAUGGAAAUAGAAGCAACAAACAUGGAAACCAAAACAGAAACAUGGAAAAUUGAAGUAUCAAAUCAUGGAAAUCAAAACAACAAACAAGUAAAUCAAAGCAAAAUCAUGGAAAAUUGAAGCACAAAAUAUGAAUUGAAACAGAAAAAUGGAAAUCAAAGCAACAAAACAUGGAAAUUAAAACAACAAAAAAGUAAAUCAAAGCAAGAAUAUGGAAACUGAAACACAAAAAUAUGGAAAUUGAAACAAAAAUGAAAAUGAAAUAAAAGCAGUUAUGGAAAUUCAAAGCAUAAAUAUUGAAAUUAAAGUACAAAUAUUAAAAUAUGGAAAUUGAACCUCAAAUGUAAAAAAAACGUAAAACAAAUUAUCCCCUGGUGUGUGUUGGGAAGGUCACAAAGUUAGGUUGAGUGAGGCAGUGUGGUGGUGGUGGUGGUGGUGGUGGUGGUAGUGGUGGUAGGUGUGUUAAGGGGCAGGCAGGUGUGUAGAGCCUUCAGGUGUAGUGUUCAAACUGGUUCAGGUGUGGUGGCAAUAUUUUUGUAUUCUUUUUACUGUGUCUCUAGUUUUCCUUAUUAAAAUCAUGAGGUUGGAAUGUGUG